UUUGAUUGAAAUAUAUGAAUUGCAUGGCAUAAUGACAGUAUACUUGUUACAGCAUUCCCAGAGUGUGAUAGUUAUGAGUUGGAGGAAUUCCCAUUACGUAUGCGCGACUGGUUUGUCAAGAUCAUGAAACAGUUAGCUGAAUGGCCUGCUGAGGAAGGUGGUUUGACAGAAUCUGAAAAAGAAUUAGAGCGUUUGGCUGAAGAUGAUGAAAAACCUUACAUCAAACCUAUACAUUGGAAAUUCCGCUCUAUGGAUAUUGACCCAGUUGAUCAAUAUUUGACUCAGAGAGAACUUGCAGAAUUGCGUGCACCAUUGCAGAGAUUGGAACAUUGUACCAAACCUUUCUUAGAAAUUUGUGAUGAUGAUGGAGAUGGUUUGGUGUCCAUCAUUGAAUGGGGAAACUGUCUGCUUCUAGAACCAGAUGAAAUUGAGUACUAAGGUGCAAGUGGUGCAAGCUGUCCCUGGUGUUCAGGUGCCACAUCCCUGUAUUGUGUACUAGUCUACAAUCAUUUUUGUCAUCGGAGGACAGCUACAUUUUAUUCAUUGGUGCUAAAUCUUCUCGUUUUAUAUUUUUAUCCUAUUGUCUUUUAAUAUCGAUCUAAACAAAGUUUAUAUGUUUGUUGUAGUUUUAACAGUGAUAUUUCAUAGUUAAAGUAAAUCUGUCGUAUGUGAAGAUUACGUUAUGUCACAUAGGUACUGUUAAUGAAAAUGAAAGUUUUGGGUCAAGUUUCAUUCAGAUGUAUGAAAACAUUGACAUUCUUUGUCAUUUCAGGAGAAGGAAAACUACUGACUGAAUUAUAAUUUUAAUCGUGUUUAAAAUGAAUGAGUCUUCAAAAUCCCAACUGAUGAAAGUUGAAUGUGACAUGGUGUAACUGUCAAAACUGUGAUUAGUCUUAUCUUAUAUUCAUUUUUACAAUAAAAUCCUUUGUAGAUUCUGUCA